GUCAAUAAUUCAAAAUGGCGCCAAUUUUCUAGGUUAUGAGAUUCGAUUGAAUUUAAAAUACAGUAGUGUAUUGUGAUGUUUAGAAGAUUAAUUGUAUGUAAAAUUAAUCAUUUUACACGCUUUCCUACUUUUAAAUCAUAUAAUUUUAAUAUAGGGCAACGACUCUAUACAUCUAUUGCCACUAUGAAGAUUGGAACCCACGAUGGCGUCUUCCAUUGCGAUGAAGUUCUUGCUUGUUUUAUGCUCAAAUGCCUCCCAGAAUAUAAGAAUGCAGAGAUUGUUCGGACCAGAGAUAUGAAUAAACUGAAUGAUUGUGACAUUGUAGUUGAUGUUGGCGCUGUAUUUGACCACGAAAAAAAACGUUAUGACCAUCAUCAAAGGGAAUUCCGGGAAACUUUAAGCACUCUGAGACCAGAAUUAGGGGAUAAAUACAAAAUUAAGCUCAGUUCGGCUGGUUUAAUUUACACAUACUAUGGUGAACAAGUUAUUCAAACCUUAGCUCCAAAAGAAGCUCCGUUGGCCCCUGAGGAUCUACGUCUCAUUUACAAGAAAGUGUAUGAGAACUUUAUUGAAGAAAUGGAUGCAAUAGAUAAUGGGGUUCCUAUGACUGAUGACGAGCCUAGAUAUAAAAUCCACACACAUUUAAGUGCUCGAGUAGGCAAACUUAACCCUGAAUGGAAUAUACAACAAGCAGUUAACACGGAUGCACUUUUUGAAAAAGCUAUGGCAUUAGUCAGCACAGAGUUUACUCAUUCUGCAAAUUACUUCAUUUCCAUCUGGUUACCAGCAAGAGAUUUUGUCAAAAAUGCAUUGGACAGUAGAUUUGAAAUUCACAAAUCUGGCCAAAUAGUCAAGUUUACGGAGAGGUUCCCAUGGAAAGAGCAUUUGUUUGAUUUAGAGACAGAAUUAGGCUUAGGUCAAGAAGUGAAAUUUGUCUUGUUCAAUGAUAAACCUAAGUCUUGGAGAGUACAAGCAGUCCCAGUGAGCCCUGCAAGUUUCGUUACAAGAAAACCUCUUCUGAAAAAAUGGUGGGGAGUCCGUGAUGAAAUACUGAGUGAAGUGGCAGGCAUUGAAGGCUGCAUCUUUUGCCACAGCACAGGCUUCAUUGCUGGCAAUGUCAGUGAAGAGGGGGCCUUGAAAAUGGCUAUUGCAAGUUUGGAACCUGACAAUUAAGAAUUUUUGCCAAUACCAGUACAACUUUUAAUGUAACAUAAUUAUACAUCAAUGAGUUCAGCUAAUACAGACUUAUUGUUUGACUUUAAACAAUGAAAUGUAUAAUAUACAUAAUAUGCAUACCAUUGCAACAACAACUUUAGCACAACACAACUGAGGUACAUCAAUCACAUAAUGAACUAUGUCUAUGUACCCACUUCACCGAGCUUUUUGUUAUUAUAAGACUGGAUCUUUAUGUCAUAAUAAGUGUCCCUUUUGGAUACUUUUAGAAUUUCCAGAAGAGCAGAAAUUUAUCAUGUAUAAUAUCCAAUUUAUAAUGAAUAUAUUGUACAUCUAGGAUGUAAAUAAAACUUUGAAGUGAUGUUUAAAUUGGCUUUGCCAAGAAAUAUAUUAUUAUGUUUAAGAUUAAAUGAAUUGUUACAUUUAUUGAAAGUGAAUACAUGUCUUAUAAAUACUUACAAGUA